CAAGUACUUGCAUAGUUGAUCACGCCAACACAUCAAACUCAAAAAAAACCAAACUCACCUGGUCUCUCUCGGUCUGUUUCACAUCAAAAAAAAAAUCACAACUUUCAAUCAGAAUUGUAUUCGUGUAUGGCAACAUCUUCACUCACCUACUCCACUCUCUCAUCCUCAAUUCACAGACUUUCUAAAUCUCACACUAAAUUAAUCACUACCCACAUUCCAUUUAACCUCAGCAAAGUCAAUCACUCUACCAACGUCUUAAAAACAACGAAUUUGGGUGGUUUUGGAACAUAUCAUAACAGAUUUAGUUGCAGAACUAAGUGUUCGAUGAUGUCAACGGCUGCCACCACCGAGAAGAAUAAGAAAGAAGUUGAGGUGUUUGACUCAGAGGAGGAUCUUGCUGUUUCUUUGGCUAAGUAUACAGCUGAUUUAUCCGACAAAUUUGCUAAAGAACGAGGUUCUUUUUCUGUUGUUCUGUCCGGUGGUUCGCUCAUUAAGUCACUCAGGAAAUUAGUGGAGCCUCCUUAUAUUGAUUCCAUUGAUUGGUCGAAAUGGCAUGUUUUAUGGGCUGAUGAGAGAGUGGUGCCUAAAGAUCAUGCUGACAGUAACUACAAACUUGCAUUUGAUGCUUUUCUCUCUCGGGUACCAAUUCUUCCUGGUAAUGUUUAUGCCAUCAACGAUGCACUGUCAGCUGAGGGUGCAGCUGACGAUUACGAAACUUGUAUUAAACAUUUGGUAAACAUAAAGGUGGUAGAUGCAUCACCGAGUGGGUUUCCAAAGUUCGAUCUUACGCUCUUGGGUAUGGGCCCCGAUGGGCAUGUAGCUUCACUGUUCCCCGGGCAUCCUCUUGUCAAUGAAAAAGAGAAAUGGGCAACUUCCAUCACAGACUCGCCAAAACCACCUCCAGAGAGAAUUACAUUUACUUUCCCUGUGAUAAACUCGUCAGCAUAUGUUGCUCUCGUGGUGUGUGGCACAGGUAAAGCAGAUGUUGUACAGAAGGCAUUGGGAAAGAACGAAAAUCCGGAUGUGGUGCUGCCUGUUCAAAUGGUUUCACCUGAAGGAGAAUUGAAGUGGUUUUUGGACAAAGGUGCAGCUUCAAAGCUGUAAAAAUGGAAGUUUGAGCAUCAUAACAUCAUGUUCUGGAUUAUGUAAUAUCAGUCAUAACAAAGGAGUAGCUGAAUUUUCUUUCUUUUGCAGAUCUCAGUUACCUAAUAAAAAGGAAAUGUGAUUAUUUUCCGCUCCAUAAACUGUUUUUCUGAAUUAGAUUGAAGUUUAUUAUGGUUUGGUUAAAAUAGUUGAAAAUAUUGGCUUA